AAACAACAAGUGUUCCAAUAGAUACCAAGCCAAACCACCACUCUCUUUCCUCUUGUUUUUGUCUCUCCCUUUUAUUAACUAUCAAAUCCCAACCAAACCUACAUCACACAACCAACAUUCCUCUAAGUCUCCUCCACCCUCUUCUUCCCUUCCUUAUAGCCUAAAUCAUCAACAACCUUAAAGAAAAACCCACAAAUCAAAUCCCAAAAAAAAAACUAAUUAUGAAGUAAUUACUAGCUUAAUUAGUGAUAAUAUUGAGUUUUUAUUUUAUUUUUUCCAAUGGAAGAAGUGAAAGCACACAUGUUAUUUGGCAAGUACGAGAUGGGAAGAGUACUAGGUAAAGGAACAUUUGCAAAAGUGUACUAUGCUAAAGAAAUUUCAACAGGAGAAGGUGUAGCAAUUAAGGUGGUAGACAAAGACAAAGUGAAAAAAGAAGGCAUGAUGGAACAAAUCAAACGUGAAAUUUCUGUCAUGAGGUUAGUAAAACAUCCAAACAUCGUUAACCUUAAAGAAGUCAUGGCAACAAAAACCAAAAUCCUGUUUGUCAUGGAAUAUGCACGUGGCGGCGAAUUAUUCGAGAAGGUAGCAAAAGGUAAAUUUAAGGAAGAACUUGCAAGAAAGUACUUCCAACAGCUUAUAAGUGCUGUAGAUUAUUGCCAUAGUAGAGGUGUUUCUCAUCGUGAUUUAAAACCGGAGAAUUUAUUACUCGAUGAAAACGAGAAUCUUAAAGUCUCCGAUUUUGGUCUCUCUGCUUUGCCUGAACACCUUCGUCAGGACGGACUUUUACAUACUCAAUGUGGAACUCCUGCUUAUGUGGCACCCGAGGUAGUUAGAAAAAGAGGUUAUAGCGGUUUUAAAGCUGAUACUUGGUCUUGUGGUGUUAUUCUUUAUGCUUUACUUGCUGGAUUUUUACCUUUUCAACAUGAAAAUUUAAUUUCCAUGUACAAUAAAGUUUUCAAAGAAGAAUAUCAAUUUCCACCAUGGUUUUCACCUGAAUCAAAGAGAUUAAUCUCUAAGAUUCUUGUGGCGGAUCCUGAAAGAAGAAUCACUAUUUCUUCAAUCAUGAAUGUUCCAUGGUUUCAGAAAGGUUUAUGUUUAUCAACAACUACUACUGCAAAUGAUGAUUUCGAGUUGGAAUCAAAGGUGAAUUUGAUUAACUCAACGCCGCAAUUUUUCAAUGCAUUCGAGUUUAUUUCAUCCAUGUCUUCGGGAUUUGAUCUUUCGGGUUUGUUUGAAGAAAAGAAAAAAAGAGGUUCGGUUUUCACUUCAAAGUGUUCCGUCUCAGAAAUUGUGACAAAAAUUGAAAGUGCUGCAAAAAAUUUAAGGUUUAAGGUUAAGAAGGUGAAGGAUUUCAAAUUAAGGUUACAAGGGUUGAUUGAAGGGAGAAAAGGAAAAUUGGCGGUGACUGCCGAGAUAUACGAGGUGGCGCCGGAGCUUGCGGUGGUUGAAUUUUCUAAAUGUUCCGGUGAUACUUUUGAAUAUGUCAAGUUGUUUGAAGAAGAUGUUAGGCCUGCUCUCAAAGACAUUGUUUGGUCAUGGCAAGGGGAGUGAUGCCACGUGUAUUGGUAACAUGGCCCAAUCAAUGUCAUGCCUAAGAUUCUCUAGAGUUUUGGUGUAUAAUAUAUGAAAAUGAAUCAUAUAUGAAAUUUGUGUAUAAUAUUAAUGUGGUAUAUAUUAUAAUAUAAGCUAGAGUUGGCUGCUUUCUAACAAAUUUUGGUUUCUUGCAUUUCAUUUUUGGACUUUUCAUUUUAUUUUUUAAGUAGCUUGAAUCUUAUGGAGAUGUAGAUAGAUAGUAUGAUCUUGGUGAGACUGUAAAUACUCCACCUUAGAAGUUACCAAUUGUAAUAAUCAGGUAUAAUUCGAAAAGAAAUUCCUUUUUGUUUAUA